AUGUUUUUUAAAUAUUUGCGAAAGCCAACUCCAACGGAUCUCUUGACUUCAGGCGAGGCUUUUCAGUAUUUUGAGUAUGGUAUGUCGGUGCUGGGUUGGAUGGCUCCACCAAAGUACCAGUUUGUGUACAGCAUGAUGGCAUUUUUCCUUAUUUCCUGGUGUGUUUACUACCUGCCGAUCGGAAUCAUAAUCAGUUUUGUUAUAGAUAUCAAAAACUAUAAUCCCAGUGAAUUGCUUACUGUUCUGCAACUAUUUUUUAACUCCGUCGGUACGCCUUUAAAAAUACUAAUUUUGCGGGUGCACCUGUGGCGAUUUCGCGAGGCCAAAAAUCUGCUUAUUCAAAUGGACAAUCGCUGCACUGCAAUUGUGGAGCGCCUUGAGGUUCAUAAAUGGGUGGUCAAUUGCAACAAGGCCUACCUCAUCUAUAUCUGUAUGUAUAUCGGAUAUACCUUGUCCACUUUCCUCUCGGCUGCUUUCUCGGGAGUGCUGCCCUGGCGCAUCUAUGUCCCAUUUAUUGACUUUCGGCAUUCAGCAACGAGUUUCUGGAUGGCUGCCACACAUGAGACCUUACUUAUGCUGUUUUCUGUGUCGCAAACGCUAUUAACCGAUAUUUACCCCGUGCUGUACGGACUUAUGCUGAGAGUUCACAUCAGACUACUGCGAAUGAGGGUCGAGAAACUGUGCACAGAUCCCGACAAGAGCGAAAACGAAAAUAUGGAGGAUUUGAUCAGCAGCAUCAAGGAUCACAAACUUAUUCACGAAUGCGCUCAAAUGAUUCAUCCUGUCAUCGCUCGCACUAUCUUAGUCCAGUUUCUUCUGAUCGGCCUUCCUCUAGGAUUCUCCAUGAUAAAUCUAUUCUAUUUCGCCGAUUUGUGGACAGGUUUGGCCACAGUGGCCUAUAUAAACGGUCUGAUGAUGCAGACAUUCCCGUUCUGCUUCCUUUGCGACCUGAUUAAAUCGGAUUGUGAACUUCUGCAGAUUGCUAUAUUUCAUUCGAACUGGCUUAACACAAGUCGAAGAUACAAGACCUCAUUGAUCUUUUUUUUGUUUAACUCCCAAAAGUAUGUUAUUUUUACAGCUGGCUCAGUUUUUCCCAUUUCCACGAGCACAAACGUUAAGAUGGCUAAAUUGGCAUUUUCCGUUUUUACUUUAGUGAGCCAAUUUAAUAUAGCUGACAGAUUGACCACAAAUAAAAAUAAAAUACAAUGA